AUGCAUCGCGCAAUCUCCCAAGCUGCUCGUCGCCCUCUCGCAGCGGCAAGCCUGCGCACUUUUACCUCAUCCACCACCCCAUGGGCACCCAGCCCCACCUCCCCUCUCCAGGAACCUAUCGCCUCCUUCCACAACAUAUAUGCAAAGGACGAUCACACCUACGAGCCAGUACCCGCGGGUACCACCCAUUACGUCGUCUCCCAGCCAGAGCACAAGAACACACCUUACGACGUGCCAGCUGGAGCGUUCCCCACAUCGUCCCCAUACGACCUAUAUGCGUCUACUCAAAAGCCCCAGUUCAGUGGACAGCCUUCAUCUACUUCCAGCACUGCAGCUCAUCCUAACACCACCAAUCGUGUGCCAAGGGUCGAAGAUACAUACCCUUACGGGUCAAGUAGUGCUGUCAGGCACAAUGACGCGCCGGGUGAGAUGGCAAAGGGAUCUGGCAAGGGUGUUCAUCUGUCAGAGGGUGUCAGGGUCACGCCUGGUACGGGUGGAGAACUCGCGAGCAGGAACGGUUGGCCGAGCGAGGAGCAAGGCAAGGCAGGCCUGGACGAGGCUGGGAAGAUGCGCAAAUGA